CAAAUAAAAAAGAAGAAGAAGAAGAAGCAGGAAAGAAGAAGAAGGCGACAACAAACAAGAACUUCUGUCGACGCUAGUUUAAGCAGAUAAAGUCGAAGCAGAAUGACUCGCCAUGGGAAGAACUGCACGGCCGGAGCUGUGUACACGUACCACGAGAAGAAGAAAGACACAGCGGCGUCUGGUUACGGCACACAGAGCAUCCGACUGGGCAAAGACGCCAUCAAAGACUUUGACUGCUGCUGCCUGUCCCUGCAGCCCUGUCGGGACCCUGUGGUGACUCCAGAUGGAUUCUUGUAUGAGAAACAGGCCAUCCUUGAAUACAUUCUGCACCAGAAGACAGAAAUUGCCAAAAAAAUGAAGGCAUAUGAGAAGCAGAAGCAAGUGCAGAAGAGCAGCAGCCAGCUGGAGUCCAAGUCGUCGGAGAGAGAGCGGGUGGAGCUGUUCAAAACCAGGGAGAACAGCAUCGUGUCCAAACCCAUCAACCCCUUCACAUCUGGGCUCAACAGGGGAGGAGAUUCAGACCGAGCAGGCAGCAGCUCAGCGGCGGAGUCCUCUGGGUCCUCGGCGUCCUCUGUGUCCUCGGCCUCCUCAGCCUCCUCGUCCUCGUCCAGCCUCAGCCUGCCCAGCUUCUGGGUCCCCUGUCUGACUCCAGAGGCCAAGCCCACCCUGAUCAAGAAACCUAGUAAGACGGUGUUAUGUCCCAUGUCAGGACGAGCCAUCAGGAUGAACGAGCUUAUCACAGUGCGCUUCACCCCGCUGGACUCCAGCCUGGACCGCGUGGCCCUGCUCACCCGCCAGGACCGGUAUGUCUGUGCAGUAACCAGAGAUGUCCUAGGAAACAGUGUCCCCUGCGCUGUCCUGCGGCCCUCGGGCGCCGUGGUGACGCAGGAGUGUGUGGACAAGUUGAUCAAGAAGGACAUGACUGAUCCUGUGACCGGGGACAAGCUGUCCGACAGAGACAUCAUCCCCCUCCAGAGGGGGGGAACCGGCUUCGCGGCCUCUGGGAUUGACCUCAGUGCCAAAGAGGCUCGUCCCGUCAUGCAGGUGUGAGGCGAGGCGUGCACAGCGGUGUCGGGUUGGUUCCACGGACACUCUGGCUCAUUUCUCCCAUGUUCACAACCUUCACCUAUUUUGUUGUCUUUUUUUUUUUUUUUUGCUGAAAUAUUGUUGUUGUUCUUUAGCUAACCAUCCCAGACCAUUACAUGUUAUCUGACUAAGUGUUAUAUAAGACUAGGCAGAAGACUCCACCUGUGGGCCUGUCUUCACUGUCCCCUGGUCAGGUUCCAGUCUUGCAUCCUUAGCUUGCUCUACAUAAGAGUAGAAUCCAAUGAAUUGAUCUAUCAAUCAUUAAUUCUUAGACUGUUCCAUCCUGAUGAUGAGAGAAAUGUUUCAUAGCUUUAUAUUUGAAGCUCAGGGCCAGGCACUGGCUCCUAUUAAACGGCAUAUACUGUAAGUUUAAGUUAUGUUUGCGUGUUGAUAUAUUUGAUACUUUUAAAUCUGUUUACACCUGCGUGACAUUGUGUAUUCAACACAAUGAUGUCAUGUUAUUUUGACAAAUGUUAGGUAGACAUGAUGUCAGCUGUUAAGAUCACUUCAAGACAGUUUGAACUCAUUUCCAUUAAACGUUAAUCAUGUGGAAC